AUGGUACUUCAACGUGAUUUACGUGAGGAAGUUCUAAAAGCUUUCAAACUUUUUGAUGAUGAUGAAACUGGCAAAAUUUCAUUGAAAAAAUUACGACGUGUUGCACGAGAAUUAGGUGAUAAUGCUAAUGAAGAAGAACUUAAAGUUAUGAUUGAUGAAUUCGAUUUAGAUGGUGAUGGUGAAAUUAAUUUUGAUGAAUUUAUGGCUAUGCUAAAUUCAGACUGA